AAAAACAUUUUAACUCUGAUCAUAAACAAAAGUUUGAUUGUGAAGAAAGAUUGUGAUAAAUAUAUUUUUUUUAGUGCUUAUCUCCACAUUCUAUCAUUGUAAUACAAAUUUCAUCCGUCCGGAAAAUGAAAAAUUGGAAAAUACAAAUGAAAAAUGAAAUCUUAUCUAGCCUCGUUUUGGAGUAACAAAUACUUUAAUUGGAAAUAAACAAAACACCGAUAAAGCUAAUUAAACGCUCAUAUCGACUAUUAGACACUUAUCAUCGAUGUGCAUAUUAACAAAUUGUUAUUGAAUUGAAUGCCUAUACACGGUGCGAAUUGAAAGGAAGCAUGGAAUCGAUAUCUGACAGAUUUAUUGUUAGUUUUACGUGCUAUCAAAUAUGGAUUAAACGUUCCGCGAAAGAUGUAAUCUUAGAUAAAAUUUGAUAAUAUAAAUUGGAUCUAAUUUGAAUUCAGUUGCAGAUCGUGAAAAUGUACGGACUGGUUAAGUGUGCGCUGUUACUGUGCGCUGCUACUGCAGCGUACAGUUUCAAUUUGGGAGAACGGGAUGUUGUAUUUCACCUCUUUCAUCGGGGAAGCCCUCAGGUCAGUGAACCGUUGUUGCUGUCUGUCAACUCUAUUAUGACUUCUUCGUUCUCCCUCGCUCGCCGCACCAUCUUCACGAUACACAAUCACGGUGAAACUGUCGCUGGAAACUUCAACGCUUUCGUCAUACCCGCUCACCUCGCCGCUGAAGAUGUAAACGUAAUCGCCGUCGACUGGAGUCCUGGAUCGAAAUUAUACACCGAGGGUCUGGCCAACGCUCGUCAAUGCGGUCGAUUAAUUGCUGAAUUCAUCAAUAUCUUGACUACAACCUUCAGCUACGAUUCCGAGCUUAUUCGCAUUGUCGGACUUGGUCUCGGUGGACACAUCGCUGGUAUCGCAGCUAGAAAUUCAAACCAACCUAUUCCUCACAUUAUUGCUCUGGACCCAUCUCUCCACGGUUGGACUCACAACCCUGAAAUUCUCAAUCCUGACGAUGCUAACAUCGUAGAAGUCCUGCACACAACAGCCGGGCUGAUUGGUUAUGACUAUCCUUUGGGAGAUCUCGACUUUUAUCCCUCCGGCGGUAGCGGUCAAAGCGGAUGCCUGGACGAUGCCUGCUCCCAUUCUUACGCCUAUGUUUUCUACGCCGAAUCUAUCAGGCAAGCAGUAGAUGGAGGUAAUGAGUUCGUCGGAACUGCUUGCAAUAGCUACGAAGAAGCUCGCAACCUCAGAUGCUCUGGACCCAGAGACGCCAUUUUCGGUGGAAUUGAAGUUAAAGAAGUUGAAAUGGGUAUAUACAUAUUCUUGACAAACAUAAGGCCUCCAUUCGCAAGAGAUUGAGAAGAAUAAAUUUUAUUAUAAUAAUAAGAAUAUUAAAGAUUGUUGCUUAAUCAAUAA